ACGACACAGCGCCCCGCGUUCAGCUGCUACUCCGGCGGGACCCAGGCUGGACCGCGGGCCCCGGCCUGGGGGCCACAGCUGCCACCACCGCCACCUCGCCUCCUUCCCGUCCCCGCCCCGCCCCACGUUUCCCCGCCUCUUUCGGGCCCGUGGCCGGGGUCCCUCCCCGCCACCCCACCUCGCGCGGAUGCCGAAGGUGAAGGCGCUGCAAUGCGCCCUGGCGCUGGAGAUCCGCUCUGUAACUUGUCCAGGAGUGGUGCUGAAAGACAAGGAGGACAUCUAUCUUAGCAUCUGUGUGUUUGGCCAAUACAAAAAGACACAAUGUGUCCCAGCCACUUUUCCACUGGUCUUCAAUGCCAGAAUGGUGUUUGAAAAGGUGUUCCCUGAAGCAGUAGACCCUGGAGACGUGGUUGCACAACUUGAAUAUGAUACAGCGAUGUUUGAGUUGAUACAGCUAGUUCCACCAGUGGGUGAAACACUGUCUACGUAUGAGGAAAACACACGAGAUUUCAUGUUCCCGGGUCCAAAUCAAAUUUCCGGACAUCAUGAUUCCAACCGCCAGGUUACCAUGAGGAGGAUUUCUGGCCUACGAGGAAUUGCUCCAAAGCUGGAAUUUUCUACAACUUCAGUGAUUACUGAAUGUCUGAUAAGUUCAAGGAAGUGCCGUACUCAGGAUAAAUUUACCUAUCAUUCAGUUCCAGUUGAAAAAGCACAUGGCAGACCACCAAACAGAACGUCAAGAUCCCAAAAGAAAAAAACCAAGUCCCCUGAGAGAAGUAAAUAUUGCAUAAAUGCAAAAAACUAUGAACAGCCUACAAUUUCUUCAAAAUCACAUUCUCCAUCUCCCUACACAAAGAGACGCAUGUGUGAACUAUCUGAAGACACCAGGCGGAGGCUGGCCCAUUUAAAUUUAGGACCCUAUGAAUUCAAAAAAGAAACAGAUAAACCACCAUUUGUAAUUAGACAUGUUGAUCCCCCAAGUCCCAGGACUGAUCCUCUAUAUGGACCAUCUGGCAGAGACUGUGAAAGAGAUGGGUGGUCCAGGAUGCACAAUGAUCAUUCUCACCUUGGCUGCUGCCGACCUAAGGAUUAUAAGGUUAUCAGAACACCACAUGGAAGAGACUUCGACGACUCUUUGGAAAGGUGUGAAGAGUACUCGAGCCCAAGGUCGUGUGGCAAGCCCCAGCACUCAGCAAGGACCUUGCUCGUCCACUCAGCCCCCUCAACAAUGCCAAAGCAUUCUCCAAGCCCUGUGUUGAAUAGAGCUUCUCUCAGGGAAAGAUUCCAUUCUGAUUGGUGUUCACCUUCCAACUGUGAGGAGAUCCAUGACCGGGUAAAGAAUGUCUUGAAAUCACAUCAGGCUCAUCCAAGACAUUUAUAUGAUGACAGAGACCCAGAGAAAGACGACGAACUGGAAUUGAAAAGAGGUCUUCUGUACAGAGACUGUGCCUAUGACAGUGACCCUGAGUACAGCUCAUUUCAGCGGCCACGUGGUAAUCUCCAUUUAGAUGAUGGUGAAUACUGGUCCAACAGGGAAGCCUCUUAUAAGGGAAAAUCCCACCGACCCAUCUUUGAGAACAGCAUGGAGAAGAUGUACAGGAACUUAUACAAAAAGGCCUGUGGUUCUGUUUCUCACACACAGGAAACCUUCUAAGAUCAUCCAUGAUAAACUAUAUGAGUGUCCAUGUCAACCUCUUAAUGAAAACGUUUGAUGUGAUCAAUAUCUGCAUUCCUUUUUUAAAAAAUAGGUGGCUCAUUUAAGUAGUAAGUAAUCAUUUCUUACUGCAAGUGGUAGAUUAUCAUAAGUUUUUAUUACAGAAGAAUGUGCUGUGUUUCCAGUGUCAAAACUCCGCAAUACAAUCCCAACUGCCAGUCUGUGACAAGGAUGUUCCGUCAUAUAUGUCUCAUGUCACCAUCUACAAAUUGAAGAACAAAUUCUCUAGAAAUAGUCUUCUGCUUUACUUUGUGAUUUUCUUUUCAAUUGCUUGGCUGGUGAUUUUAUAUGGGUAAGGUAUAAUUAGUAUUAACUUCCUUUUCUUGAUAAUGAGCAAAAAAGAUAUACUAUUGAGAAGUGAAUUUCCCAAGAGUUCAACCCGUUUUCACUGUGUUUUCUACUUUUCUCUCCCUCAGAAAAGGCCAUCUGUAUUUCUUAGCUGAAAAUAGCUUUCUUAUUAAGCCUUUCAUUUUGACUAUAAUACAAGCAUUCACUCCUUCUCAGGAAGAACUGCUGGAGUUACCUGAAAUGCAGAACCGUUAGCUAUGAAUAGCCAUGCCUAUGAAUGAUCCAAAUGUGAAUACCUUUUUUUUUUCUUUAAAGAAUUCUUCACAUGUUUUUCUUCUAAGGCCAUACCUUUUGGUACUGGACAAUGAAAAUAUCUUUUGUUAGUAAGCAUAUAAAAAUUGAAAAAAAGAAUAAGGGAAUUACAUUAUAAUUUAACCUGUGACAUUAUCACAGAUAUAAGGCUCGAGAAAGUAGGAAGCUAACGUUAAAAUACACUUGGAUCCACAGAAGAAUAAAAUAAUAGAAUGGAAUGCUUUUUUUGUAGGCUUUGAAAAAUCUGAUAAAAUUAGUUCUUUCUUCCUUACACCAUUGCCUGUGAAGACAGUGACACUUAUAGGUAUAAAGGAAUGAGAGCAUAUUUACCAAAGUAUGAGGAAGAGAAAACCAGAAAUAAAUGAAGUUUGCUUAGAACCUUGAAGAGUUGACUACAAGAUAGUAUUUUAUCAUUGACUCCAUCAUUGGUUAACUCUACAGUUACAAGUUAAAAAAAAUAAAUGGACUUGUACUCACGUAAACCAAAAUUAAAUGUAAAAUGCAUUGCAUUGUGUUAGGAAAUACAAUGAAAGACCACUUCAGUUUCAUAUUAAGAAUGUUUAGGGCGCCAGGGAGUUAGCUCAGUAGAAUAAGCACAUGCCUGGCAAGGGCAAGGGCCUGAGUUCAAUCCCCAGUUCCACAAAAAAAAAAAAAAAAGUGUUUAGGCAUGAGAGUCUUCGAUAGAGAAUGAGAAAUAGGAGCUAGAGUCCUGGGCACUAGCCCCAUCUCUUCCAUUUCCUAGAUGAAUUUCCUUAGUUAUCUGGUCUGAUUUUCUUCAGCCAUCAAAGGAAGCAAACAAACUCCUAAGCCAUAAUCUAUGUACCAGGACCACUGAUCUAGGAGGUCAUUGUAGGAAUAUAGACAUAAUUUUUGUAUUGAUCUUGUAAAUUUAGGAAAGUCUAUACAGAAUACACAGUUACACACAUCUCCACACCUCUUAGAGAAUCAUAAGUAGGAUGACUGGAAUGAAAAGCAAUGAUAUAAAGGUGGGAACAACACUUACAACCUGGGAGAGUCUGGCAAAUUAGGACCAAGUGUAUCUGCACUGGCUUGUUAAAGGUUUUAAGAAAUCAUGGUAUAAACCUAUUCUGGUAGCUAAUAAAGAGUUUGGCACAGAAUUGAUAGACACCACUCCUUCUUCUCUCAACUGCCCACCUCCCCCACCCAAAAUGCCAUUCUCAGCUACCUGUGGACACCUACUGAGGAGGUGCAGGACCAUGUGAUCACUGCGUUGCCCUCUGGCUGAGGCUUAUGAGAUGACGUUCUGUGCAGUAAGCUUUUGAGGGUUAUUAAACAAUGCUUUUCAAAAAAAAGGUUAUCUCCAUUGAAAAUUAGUGUGUUUCUAUAGGAAAUUUUUUAUAAGAAAAUUUUUAAAAAUUCUUUAUUUAAAUUUUGCUAUUGGUGAAACCAACUAUGUCCAUCCUGGAAAAUUCUUACAGAAAGUCUCCUAAGUAAAUAAGCACCACAGAAAUUACUUGUUGCAUCUAUGUCUGUCAUUACCUAGGACAACAGCCAUGAAAAGUAAGGAAAAAGAGAAGAGAGGACUGGGGAGAUAGUUCAGUAGCAUAAC